CCCAGUCAGUCAGUCAGUCAGUCAGUCAGUCAGUUAAGCAGUUAGUCGGUCGGUUGGUCGGUAGGUCGGUGGGCGAAGCAGCGUCGAACAAAAAGCGGCUCUCGCCGCAGAGCCAGCCGGACUCGGAUUCGAACUCGGAGCCAGACUGCGAGCCAAGGCGAGGCGAGGCGCGUCAGCCGAGGAGCAUCGCCGGGAUGGAAGCGCGCGACGACGGCGACCGACAGCCGCCGAGCACGAGAUCGGCGACUGCAGUGGCAGCCGUCAACAUGCCGAGCACCACGUGCGAGGACGAAUGCCGCGAUACCGCGAUCACGUGGAACCGCUGCAAGGAGCUGCUGCUCGACUUUCACCUCAACUCCGACCGGAUAUUCUACCGGAUCGGACUCAGCAUAGCCACGAAGCCAUGGCUCUGGCUGAUAAUAUCGCUUUGCCUGAACAUCAUCUGCGGCUUCGGAGUGAUACUCUGGCGGGAGGAGGUCGACGAGGUCGAGCUGUACGUACCGAUCGGCUCUGUAUUCCGCAAGGACGCCGCCUGGGUGAAGGAACACUUCCGGGACGAUCUCAGGCACGAGAGUAUCAUCGUCAUCGCUCCGAACGUGCUGGACCCCGAAGUGCUGCGAUCGAUCAAAGAUAUCGAGAGAGACGUGAAGAGCAUAGUGGUACAGAACGACACUUGGGAAGACGUGUGCGCCGGGCACUUCACGUGGUUCCAACAGGAUGCCACGUGGGACACCAUGGACAAAAGCGAGUUCCCCGAGGAAUACCUGUCGAUUAUCAACGACACGAUGUCGAAGGACGCGUGUAUUUACAAGUCGCUUUUGAAGCUGUGGCAAAAGGAAGGGAUGAAGGAUGUCGACAAACUGACGAAGGGAGAGAUUCUCCACGACGUGACCGUGGCUAUGCGGAAUAAACACACGAAAGACAUCCUAUCGAACAUCGCGCCGCUGCUGUCGGGCAUCGAGUACGACGAGAACGGCUGGGUGAAGGGCGCACGAGCGACCAUCAUGUAUUGGAUGCUGAAGAAGUCGAAUUCGCAUUCGCCCGACUGGGAGGUGGAGUUCAUCGAGCGGGUGUUGCACUCGAAUCGGACCCUGCCGCCCGGGAUGGAAAUCUACGCGGUGACGUUGCGCAGCUAUCAAGACAUGCUGCACCAGGUAGUCAACAACAACAUGACCGUGUUAUUCUGCGGCAUGUCGCUGAUCACGAUCUACGUGAUCGUGAUGAUCGGUCGGUGCAACGCGUUCCAGCAGCGCAUCUAUCUGUCUCUCAUGGGCAUUAGCGUGGUCGGCCAAGCCCUGCUGUCGUCCUACGGCAUAUGCUACUACAUGGGAUUCUCUUACGGCCCAGUACAUCCGAUCUUGCCGUUCCUACUUCUCGGCAUCGGCGUCGACGACAUGUUCGUCAUCAUGCAGAGCCUCGAGACCAUGUCGGAGAAGGACAAGACCUCGUCCAUAUCCGAGCGCAUCGCGAAAGCCAUUCAAGUAUCAGGUAUGUCCAUCACCGUGACAUCGUUCACCAACAUGGUGGCCUUUGGUAUCGGUAUGACAACAGUGAUGCCGUUCCUCAAGUCCUUCUGCAUGUUCGCGGCCAUGGGCAUAUUGUUCCUCUACAUCUACGAAAUCACGUUCUUCGUUAGCUGUUUGGUGUACGACGAGAGGAGGUUGGCCGCAAAGAAAGACGGCUGCUGUUGCCGGCCGCAACAAGCCGGUUGGCGUGCGAACGAGUGCAGCCGACGGGACUUUCAGCGUAUCAUGUUUGAGAAGUACAUCGGACCGUGCGUGACGAAGACGUGGGUGAAGACGAUCGUUCUGCUGCUGACCGUCGGUCUGCUGUGCAUCAACGUGUGGGCGAUCUUCCAGGUGGAACAGAACUUCGAUCCGCUCAUGUACUUAAACCAGGAGUCCUACCCGAUACGAUUCAACAACAAGCUGAAGGAGCACUUCCCACGCUACGGCAAGUACGUCAACAUCUACCUGACUGGCGUCAACUACUACGAGGACCGUCAGACGCUUUCCCAGCUGGUGGACGCCCUCAGGCGAAACCCGUACAUCAAUAAUCGCACCCUUGAUCCGUGGUUCGUUGCGUAUGAAAAGUGGCUCAACACCACUGGCAAAGCAAGUUAUAUCGAAGACAAGGACGAGUAUUACAACAUCCUCACGGAAUACUUGCUAUUAACGGUGGAGGGUCAAGCGUACAUCCAGGACAUCAAGUUCGACAAACUACCGUUCAACGACUACAAUAUCACGACAUCACAGAUUCCGGUACAACACAUUCCCAUCAGCACGACGUCCGAUCAGAUACGCGCCAUGCAGACUGUUCGCGACUCCAUGAUGUCGCUGAACUUCAGCCAAGGUCACGAGCACAUCGCAAUUCACUCGUUAGACUACGUGACAUGGGCGUCGAACAAGAUCAUCGGAGAGGAACUAAUCAGGAAUCUAAGCCUGGAGAUUGUGGCGGUCGGGAUAGUGACAUUGGUGUUGCUGAGGAAUCUACGCGCAUCCUUCUGGGUGAUGUGUUGCGUGUUGUUCACACUCGUCGACCUUUUAGGUUCGAUGUACUUCAUGGACCUGACCAUCGAAAUUUCGUCGACCAUCAUGGUCUUGCUAUGUGCUGGCCUGGCAGUCGACUAUGCCGCGCACAUCGGCUUAGAGUUCAUACGUUCGAGCGGCACUAAGCAAGAACGAGCAGUAACGACGCUCAACGUUAUCGGGCCGGCUGUCCUCAACGGUGGCUUGAGUACGUUUCUCGCCUUCAUCCUGUUAGGCUUCAGUCAGGCUUACGUUUUUAAGGCCUUUUUCAGGCUCUUUUCGUCCGUGGUACUAUUUGGUUUGUUUCACGGGUUGCUGUUCUUGCCAGUGAUAUUGAGUUUGGCAGGCCCUGGCGAGAGGAGACAAAACAGGCCGGAGAAGGAUCAGAGCAUGCAAUAUCACAAUGGCUAUUAUACCGUCCGUUUAUCCCAGAAUGGGAAAGAUACAGAAGACACGCUUGCUAAAUGACAUUUAGCAAUUAUUUCAAGAGGCUGCUUAGGUUAAAAAUAUUCCUGUAGGUAAUUUUAGCAUUGGAAUUUGUAUGACUGUGAAACAUACGCGCACGUAUUAUGUUAUAGUAACAUAUGCGCACCUGUCUGUAUUUCUCGCUCCGUGUCUUUUCACUCUUUUAUAACAAGAAAUUGCUAAGUAAAGAUAUCAUUUGUAUAAAA